AUGGCGCGCUCACAAACACCCAUUGAUUGGGAUUCACUCCACAACAAUGGCCAUCAGACAAUCGACCUCACUCUUUCUUCCCCAGAACCAGAGCCAGAACCUCGACGACAGCCACAACCGCGGCAACAGCAAAUGCCGCCUCACAGACAAGCUCAAUUAUACUUCGGACGCGAGCAACGCCCGUACGGGAUGCCAAACGUUAAGAUGGAAGCUAGCCAGCCGGUGACUUCCGCGCGGAACCAUGUUGCGCCACAAAAAGCGCGUCCCAUCAACCCUGAGCAUAUUAAACAGAUCAUCACUACAGCCGACCCGCGCGCCCUGCAGAGAGUGCUGCUCGAGCUCUGCCAGGUAUCCCCGGCCUUCUCUGGUGCCCUCAUGCGUGGACUUGCACCUCACUCAACAUCUGCACAGAGCAUAAUCAGCCAGCAUUGGAUACGAUCGCGACAGCCUAAUGUUAAGGCGCAAGAUGAUGAAGACAGUGACGACAUCUACAAAGCCGCUAAAAUGAGGCUAGCUAGGUCUGUACAUCCAGCCCAAAAUCACAGCAAUCAUCACGCACAAUCUCGUGAAGAGAGCAGAGGUCGAGCCCUACAAGAAUCAUAUGGCUCUUCGUCCACACCACGAGUAAAGCGUGAGACACGCGGCCGUUCGGCCUCUAAUUCGGAUAAUGAGCUGCAUCUUCCUGGAGCCUAUCCUCGAACUACACCACAUCUACCCACACUACGAACGCCAAUAAGGACUACGCCCGGGCACCGACCCACUUUCAGCCAAAGCCCAAGGCUGUUGACUAAAGUUACUCCACAGCCAACCAGUAUCAGCAAAGCGCCUACACCUUCCACGAAAACCUGCAUCGUAUGCCACGAGCAAUUCGUGGAUGUGAAUGCACCCUGUGUUUCUCACGCUGGGCGUAAGAUUCGACAGGUAGACGGGUCAGUUAUGUGGGAUUGUUGUGGCGAAGAUGACGAUCAUCCUGGCUGUAACUUCUACGGACAACACGUUACUAAAGAGGAGCCUGAUGGAGAUAGUCUCAUCCAGCGUAAAAGACCGAGUGUAUCACCGGGUCCGAGUCGUCCCACACAGAAGAGACCCCGGGCGUUCUAG